CGUCAAACCAGUUUACGGCAAUGUAACCACCCACUUCAAAGAUGGAGGACGAUAUCUCAGAUUUGAGCAGACCACAAAUGUACUUGUUUGGUUGUACCCUCAAAUCGGACAAACAGGAGUUCAAAGUUGACGUAGACGACGAUGAUACGGAACAACAGCUGUCACUCAAAGCAGUGUGUCUGGGAGCUGAGGCUGAGGAUACGUUCCACAUGGUGGAAGUCGAAGGCCUCACUUAUGAUGGAAAGACGACCAAAGUGCCACUGGCUGUCCUGAAACCGUCCGUCCUGCCUUCUAUGAGUUUAGGUGGAUUUGAGAUAACACCUCCAGUUACCUUCCGUCUCCAGUCAGGCUCUGGACCAGUUCACAUCAGCGGGCAGCAUUUUGUUAGUGUGAAGGAUUCAGAGGAUGAAGAAGAGGAGAACAACACAUCGCCAGUGAAGCGGCCUGCGAGCCUGUUGUCGGGGAAAAAGCCUCCAUUGAAAAAACUGAAGAUGGAUUCUGACGACGAUGAAGACGACAGCGAUGAGGAUGAUGAAGAUGAUGAUGAUGAUGACGAUGACGAAAGUGAAGAAAAUGGUGUGAAGCCCCAGAAGAAUGUUGGAAAAGAUCUCAAAAAAAGCCCAGAGGUUUCAGCAAAGAAGCCCAACAAGACUCCGGUUAAACAAAACUGCCCCCCAGGAAAACCAUCAGGAUCAGCGGUCAAACCACAGAUGAAGACACCUGUCCUAGGAAAAGACAAAACCCAGGCUGGCCCGUCUAAAUCUCCCCCUCUGACAGAGAUUAAGAAGAAGUUGUCAACGGCAGCCAAGGAGGGAAAACCACUACCCAAGACAGAGCAGAAGUUUGAGAAUUUCGUGAAGAGUUCUUUUAAAAUCUCAGACAAAAAUGUGGUCAAGGAUCUUUGGAGCUUUGUACAAACACUGAAGAUUGAGAAGAAGUAACAAACCUUGUACUUUGUAACAUUUGUAUGUUUUGCAUCCUACAAGACAUUUAAAGGCACAGUCAGCGAGAUUUCCUACUUGGCCUUAUUAUGUCAUCAUUGCUAGCUAUGACUUGGAGUGAACAGAAGGACUGAGUGCUGAAAAAUGGGUGAAGCCAUUAAUGACUCAGGUGUCAUCGGGUUUUUAGAUCCAAAGCACCUUCUGGAGCUAGUUCGUAAUUCACUCACAAACUCGCUCAUUCACGUUCAGCAGACAAGCUGUCCACUUCAUUGCACGCCAAUCUGCACCACCUAUAGGGAAAGAAAGUAAUAGCACCACCAAUUAGGACCUGCAGAUGUCUUUGUUGCAGGAAAGAAAUAGCUCCUGCAAUUCUAACACUUGCGCCACCUGCAGGCAAUAAAUGUUGCACCUGCAGAUUUUUAUGGUCACUAUAAAUAACAUAUGUAAAUUGGCAACAACGUAAUUCCAAGUAUUCAGAGCCAAGGCAGACCAGACAACUUAGUCAAGUUAUUCAUUGCCCAAUAUUUGUAUGUAGCCCAUCUGUCCUAUGCCUUUUUUCAAUAGUAUCUUUUAUUACCACAAGAAGUAGUUAAAAAACAAACAUUUUUAAAUCUUACAGACGAGGGCUCUUUGAUGUAAAAUAUAAAUCCUUGAACGGCAGCUAUAAAAAUGAAAGCAACUGCAGGAGGUGUAACUGUCGAAAUUACAGAAGCUAUUCCUUUCCUUGCCUGAAAUAGGUGAGAGGCAUGCCUAGAUCUGACUUUCUUCACGUAUAGUCGGCACCUGUUGCAAACUGCUGGUGCUAUAGCUCUGCAAUUUGAUGAUAUUGCCUGAACCUGGUUUCAAGUGCUUCGCAUCCAUGACACUGUGGGUCUUUGUUAUUUCAACAAUGCAAUAGGAGAUAUUGCAGAAUGUGCCUUUAAAUAUCUUUACUGUAAACUGAGAUGAAUCGGAGUCCCAUUGUGUGUGAAUUUAAGCAGUAUAAGGCUGACAGCUGAUACUGGGGGGGACAAUGACUAGUUUUGUUUUGUUAUUUUAGGUUCCGUCUGGCUUUACGAGGCAUUUUUUAGCUUGCGAAACGCGUACUAUAAAUUUGUCUGGCAUAAUUGCUCUAUACAGUAUUGUACAGGAAUUUGUCAGAGUAAGUCAAUAUGAUAUUUUUUUUUUUUUAUUGUGUCAGUUUGGUCAUAGCAUCUACAGCAGCUGAACAUGCAGUCAUUUGUUUUUGAACUUGCCCAACAACACCAAGUGUUAUUUUUUGUUUCCUGCAGAGAAAAUGUUCAACUGUUCUUAAAACUUUUCACUUGAAUAGUAGAAAAAAGAAUACAAUCUAGAAACUGUAAGAUCCAAGUGCAGUUGGUAACCUUGUGACCGUUGGGUAUCGUUGCCAGUUAAUCUGAGUAAACAAGAAAUGUUUCAUCCAGUGUUUUUACCAGGAACGCACCUGUCAUGUCUGUAUGAGAGCAGUGUCAUUCUUUUUUUUUAUGCUUUCAAUACAAAUGCAGUUAUGUUUAUGUUAUCUAAACUUGCAGAACCUGCCGAUAUUGCAAACCUGCUGACUGACUCUAUUUCAGAUGGCAUUUUUUGGAGUGUGAAUUUAUAUCAAGCCUAUGAACAUCUGUGAUAACCUGAAAGGGCUUUCCUUACAGUAAUUAAAAAAUCUGUAGCAAAACACAAAACUUUCUCGAGUAUUAUGAGCUCUAUAAAACCAACACAGGUGCCCUGAAUAAAAUGUUUUUCUUUAAAAUAAUUUAUAUACACGAUGUACAAAAAGUUGAAAACAAGACAAAAAGAUUGCUAACUAGCUCCAGGACUAUAUUUACGACGUGGUAUUAACAAUGUUUGCCGUUUUAUUUCUAUGUACUCUAAUGCACUAAAAACUGGUUACAAAACUAUGAACACAGGUUAUCUUAUUUAUUACAACAUAAUCAUAAGGUAUAUAUCAGAAAAUGUCAUUAGAGUAACAUCACGUCACCUUUACAGAAACCCCAUAAAGAACUCAACCCCAUAAUUGUUUGCACUCUUGUAUAUCAGUGCUCUGAUGACAAUAAGCAUACAAUCGCUCUGUGCUUAUGUGUUUAUGAUCCUGUAUAAUGCCUUUUUAUGAGCCAAAUGUUGGCAGUUAGAUACCAGCUUUAACUAAUUAAAUUGCUUGGUUUUACCCUCCUGUUGUGAAAUUCCUUAGCUGUAAACUUUACUUCUUCAACUUUUUUAGGUCAUUAAAGUCACCAGGAUAAUUUACCUCUGUAGUGUCCUCUUUGUAGUGAGGUUUCAGUAGAAGCAGGUUGCAAUUCCUAUGAUUUAGUUUUGGUUGUGUAUGAUUUCAUGGCAGUUGGUCAUUCAUGAUUUUUAAUACUUAUAGUAUC